AUGACUUUUAAGACCCAAAAUUUUCUUGAAGCAUCAAUGGACAGGAGCAAUAUCUCCUUUUAUGACUUGGUCAAAUUGAUUGAAGGUGUUGGCUUCUCGGGGAUUGAUUACCUCUACUACAGGAAGAAAUACCCUCGCGGCAAGGGCCAUCUAGUACACAUCGAUAACGACACUCAUGUGAGGAAAAUGAUAACUGAGCACAAUAAGGAGAAGAGGGUACAGUUGUACGUGUAUAAGGAGAUGGCCAACAUUGAUGUUGCUCCAUCGGAACCUCAGGGUGAGGAUGAUGGACCCAUUACAAGCUUUGAGGAGGAGGAUGCCUUCCCUGAACGAGCAACACAAACUAGGACGAGCAAGUCACAAACAAUGGUGCGUAAAUCAAAAAGAUUUAAUGUGGUUCAGAGCCGUGCUCGCACGCCAAUGGAGACUUCGCCAAUAGUGAUGGUAAAGCUUUUGACAAACGUGGAGUACAUUCCCUGCCAGCUGUUUGGAACAUGCCAGAUGGCGCACGCAUAG